CAAACUCCGCCCAAAUCUCCAGUUAACAGUCUCUUACCUUCACCUCCGCAGCUUUCGUGCGUACAGGGGUUGUUUCAUUGAAAUUUCGGUCGAAAAUAUGUUGGGUGUUGGGAGUAACUUUUUAUGUGACCUCCAUCUUGGAGCAAGGCUGAUUUCCGCAGUAUGGAGUCUCCCCUGGAGGCAGCUGCAGUGAAGACUGAAGAGGAGAAGGAUGAGGCGGCUGGAGCGGCUGCUGCCAAGCUGGACACAGACGACCUGAAGUACAUCAAACACCCUCUCCAGAACAGAUGGGCACUUUGGUUCUUCAAGAAUGACAAGACCAAGACUUGGGCUGCCAACCUUAGAUGUGUGUCCACUUUUGACACAGUGGAGGACUUCUGGGCCCUGUACAAUCAUAUACAAGUCGCCAGCAGACUGCAGUCCGGCUGCGAUUACUCCCUCUUCAAGGAUGGAGUUGAACCCAUGUGGGAGGAUGCCUUCAACAAGACGGGUGGGCGCUGGCUCAUCAACAUUCAGAAGCAACAACGCCACUCCGAUCUCGACAGAUUUUGGCUGGAAACUCUGCUGUGUUUAAUUGGGGAGGCCUUCGAGGAGGAUUCGGACGAAGUCUGUGGUGCCGUCAUCAACGUUCGCGGCAAAGGGGACAAGAUUGCAAUCUGGACACAUGACUGUAAAAACUCAGAUGCUGUCAUAAGAAUCGGUCGAAAGUUCAAAGAGAGGCUAAAUCUUCCUCCUAAGUUUGUCAUCGGUUACCAGGCACACACAGACACAAUGUCGAAAAGCGGCUCCACAACAAAAAAUCGCUUCUCCGUAUAACCACAGUUCCACAGCCUGUCCCAGUACGUACUAGCCUAGCACCAGUGAAGGUGGCAACACGUUUGCCACGCACAUUCAUUCUCCAGACGACCGCCACAGUUGCUGAGUUUUCUAAGAAUUUCUGAUUUCUACGCCACAGUGUCACACCUUCCUCCUAUCUCACCUGGUGUAAGGUUCCUCCUAAGUAGGGAUGUGUUGUUGUCAUUUGGCAGUAGAGAGCAACGCUUAGAGCCAAAAGACGAGCUUUUGGUAGAGGAGGGAAAAUUUGUACAAUGUUAGGAAUAUCCCACGCAUAAAGUCAAUGCACUGUAGCUAAGGUGAAGAAUGAACAGCUGAAGUUUAAGAGAGGAUUUUGUGGCAGAUCAGCGCUUAUCAGGUUUGUAUGUUCUUAAUGCAUAACGCCAGCUUGUAAUGUAAAGCUUUGCAUAAAGAUUGUUUAACUCGUACAAAAUCAGAAAUAAGCCUGCACUUGAAACAGGUCUGUUGAGCAGGGGCAGACAAAAAGAAUAAAGAGGAUAUCUCUGAAGAGUAAUCUCCUUUACAAAUUGUGUGCACAUUGAAAACUGUCCCUUUCUUAAGUCUUUGUCAAGUCUUUUCAGAUUUUCCUUGUACAUUUUUUUUUGGUUCCAUUUUCAACCCGGAUAAUUCUUUUGGUCUGCCCCUUACUGAAAAGUUUUUCAUGACUUAAUUUAUGUUUAUACAGAUUUUUGCAAGCAAGGAUUAAAAAAAGAUAAUGGCUUAAAGUAAGAGCAUUUAGUACAUUGAUACUGUUUUGUAAUUCUUGUUGACAAUGUUUGUAUUAUUGAUAGUAGCUUUUAUUUAUAAAUCGCUUUUCUUUGUAAUACAAGCAAUGUUUGAAAGUACUGUAAGGUAAGGAGAGAGAUAUUGGUGUGUUAAACAUGCCAGGUUAAUGUUGAAUGUCUUUAUAUCAAUAGGUCAAGAGGCAAAAGUAAUGCCCCAAUAUGUUUAAUGGCAUUCCCUGUCCAAAAAAUGAAAA